AUGGAGGUGCAGUUACCCCGGCGCUCACGACAGCGGGACAUUCGGGAGAUGGCCGACGUGACAGCGCGCGGACGCUUGGACUACCUGUGGGCGGCUGCUGUGGCGGAAAACGACCUGGCGUUUAGGACGUCUUCGUCUAAGGCGAUGCAAGCGUUUGUGGAUGCAGUCGCUGCAUUCGGGAAGGCCUACACCUUACCUUCGGCAUACAAGGUGGCGGGCCCACUUCUUGUCAAGUUGAAGCUCGACACAGAGGAGCUCAUCAAGCCAAUCAAAGAGAGUUGGCCGAGAAGCGGAUGCACCCUCACGAUGGACGGUUGGACGUGCCUGAAAAGCCGGGGCAUGAUUUGCGUCAUCGCCCAAAACGACACCGCGCCGGUGAUUGUGGACUGCGUCGACUCCAAAACCGCGAAGAAAGCUGGAGAGUACCUCGCGAAGCUCAUCCAACAUGCGAUUUGCGAGGUGGGGGACAGCCACGUUGUCCAAGUCGUCAUGGACAACGCGGCUAACAACAAGCGCACGGCAAACUUGCUCAAGGACGGGUACCCGCAAGUCUUCUUCACCAAUUGUGCGGCCCACGUCUUGGACCUCAUGCUUCACUAUAUGGGGAAGGUCAAGGCGGUGAAGAGGGUCCUCAACCAGGUGCAUCGGGUUGUGAUGAUGGUCAAGGGGAGUGCAUCGGCCGUCACACUUUUCCGUGAGUUGUUUAGCAAGCUAGCGCUUGUCCGCCCUGGUGCUACUCGUUUUGGAACGCAAGUGAUCAUGAUCGAGCGUUUCCUUGAGGUUAAAAAGGCAUUGAAGGAGAUGGUGAUUAGUGAGGAGUGGAAAAGUGUAGCGGUGGCGAACACGGAGGAGGGGCACGCUGUACGUGGUCUCCUCUUAGAGGAGACGUUUUGGGACUCCGUCACGGCCAUUCUCGGCCUCAUGAAGCCCAUCUACGAGGUGCUACGCAUCGUUGACCGGCGGUCCCUUGUGAUGGGGAGCGUCUACGGCCUCAUGCUUGAGGCUACGGUCAAGUCCAACGAAGCGGCAACGAAGGCGGCUGCCCAACUCUCCAAGAAAACCGGUUUGCUUCCGGGAAACAAGAAGGCCGCGUUUCUUGCUGCGUUUAAGGCUAUCAUAGCCAACCGAUGGGACGGACAGCUGCACAACCCCCUCCACGCCUUGGGGUGGCUUCUAAACCCGAAGAAUCAGUACGUAGGCGAGAUUCGGGAGGAUGCGGAACUGAGGGCGGGGGCUGAAGAGGUGUUUAAGGCAAGGGGGGGCAGUGUUGAGAUGCGGACGAUGCUAGCGGUGCGACUAGCCGCUUUUCACAAGGGAGAGGGGAAGUUGGGGUCUGUGGAUGCGCGGUGGGCUGCCACCAUCUUGGUGGAGAGUGGGAGGCUCUCCGCGGCUGAGUGGUGGGCGCUGUAUGGGGGUGAGGUUCGUGCUUUGCAAAAGAUUGCGGUGAUGUUGCUCUCCCAGCCCGUGACUUCAUCCGAGGUCGAGCGGUACUGGUCCGCUCUCGCAAGGGUCCAAAGGCGGGACCGCAACCGGCUGAAUGCCACGUCCAUGACGGACGUGGCAUUCGUGGCAUUUGGCCGGCGAGCUCGGGAGUCCUAUGACAAAAAAACAGAGGCCCGUGCUAAGCUCUACAGCGAGUUGAGCAAUGGAUCGCUGCAGGAGGGCAGCACAAGCGUUCUUCUUUCUCUUCCGGUGGAGGCGGAGGUGGAUGAGGAGGAGGAGGCGGGGGGGGAGCCGUGUACCAUUGACUGGGACACCUUCGGGAACAUUGGCAAGCGGGUGACCAAAAGGAAGCGCGCAAAUCUGAAGAAGAAGAAGAAGAAGAGUGCUUCCAAGGGCAGCGGGUCCCGCAAGGGGAAGGAGAAGGUUUGUGAGGAAGAGGAAGAAGAGGCGGAGGAUGGGAGCAGUGAUGAUGACAGUGGUCCGGAUGAACCAACUAAGCGGAAGAACAAGGGGGUGAAUGCGCGCACCUUUUGCGGUUUGACCCACUUCUUGAAGUGCUUCAGCAUGUGGCUCGCAGCCUUCCAUACGCCCAGCACCUGCGUGCGCAACGGGUUGGGGGUGAGCGGGGGCAGGAGGACGAGCGGCAACGUUCAAUGCAAUGCAGUGUCGCUGCACUGCAGCAGAGAAGCCCCUCCAAACAUGUGGCGUGCACUGCAGCAGAGAAGCCCCUCCAAACAUGUGGCGUGCACUGCAGCAGAGAAGCCCCUCCAAACAUGUGGCGUGCACUGCAGCAGAGAAGCCCCUCCAAACAUGUGGCGUGCAAUGCAGCAGAGAAGCCCCUCCAAACAUGUGGCGUGCAAUGCAGCAGAGAAGCCCCUCCAAACAUGUGGCGUGCACUGCAGCAGAGAAGCCCCUCCAAACAUGUGGCGUGCAAUGCAGCAGAGAAGCCCCUCCAAACAUGUGGCGUGCACUGCAGCAGAGAAGCCCCUCCAAACAUGUGGCGUGCACUGCAGCAGAGAAGCCCCUCAAACAUGUGGCGUGCACUGCAGCAGAGAAGCCCCUCCAAACAUGUGGCGUGCACUGCAGCAGAGAAGCCCCUCCAAACAUGUGGCGUGCACUGCAGCAGAGAAGCCCCUCCAAACAUGUGGCGUGCACUGCAGUGUGACAGUGUCUCAUCAGCAUGUGGCUUGCCGCGCCCCAUGCGGCUGA